AUGGAGUCCCGGGGUGACCCGAACAAAGAAUUUGGAAACCCGCUGACAAGUUCAGCCGGAGGGACCUCCCCUGCCGUGACGGUGGGAGAAACUGUCACAGACGAGGCGACUGGGGCGACCCACCCGGGCACGUGGAGAAGACGGCGGUUCAGGGUGGCCGCUGCUCGCUGCGUGCGCCCUCUCGGCUCCCGCCUCACUUUGACUAGCUUCCCUCCCCCUCCUGGAGCUUCUCGACGUCAUCUUGCCGCACUAAAGUUUGCAGGGGCUCCGCGCCGUGGGUCCCGGGACGCCUCGCCGGCCCCUGCCACAGGCGCCAAGCGGUGGGUGGCCGGGAGUCGGGAGCGCGCCCCGGGGAGGCCGGUUUCAGCAUUUGGACAGCGGCGCGGGGCGGUCCGCAGCCCGGGAGUCCAGGCGCGCCCCCGGCGUGGGAAUGGGACGCGGCUCCGGGUCUUAGGGAAGCGGGAUCCAACUGGAAGGCACCCCCGGCCCCGAAGAGACACGUUUCUAAGAGAUCCGUGCCUCGCUCACGGGGGGACCCCAGGACCGGCCAAGCCACCGUGCACACCCUCGGCCUCGGGGCCGGGGGAGGCGCCCACUUGGCACCCGGAGCGCAACGGCACCCCCACCCCGGCCUCUGCGUCCUCCAUCCUUCCCAAAGCAGCCGGGGUCCCUGAGCCUGCAGCCGCCGGCGAGGCUCCCAACGCGCCGUGCGCCGCCACCUCCGGGUCCUUGGCUCCGGGAGAGCCUCGCGGCGAGGGGCGUGAGGUGAGGGCCGAUGGCGCCCGACUCCCCGGGAAGGGCUGGAGGCCGGCGGGCGGCAGUGGAGAGGCCCGGGGCGCAGCGCCCGGCGCCCCGGGCGGCAGCCUCCGCCCCCUCCGUUCCGCACUGGUCGGGGCGAAGGGAGGGGGCGGGGGGAGCCGCGCUGACGUCACUGCGGGCCGUGCCCGCCCGAGCGGGCGGCGCUGGGAGCCGCUCAGAGCCCCGAUAGCCGCGCGCGGCCGGGAGCCCUCGCGCCCCCGCUGCCGCGCCCGCCUCCCGCACUCUCGGCCUUGCGCCCGCGCGGGCUGGGGCGCCUGGAGGGCGACCCGAGCUGGGCCUGAGCCCGGGGACUCGCCGGAUCGGGGACCGCCGAGCCGCCGUCACUGCAGCCGCCCCACCCCCGCCGUCGCCUCGUGGGACCCCGGCCCCCUUCCGGAUCCAGAAGCCCAGAGGGAGCUCUUCUUCGGGCAGUGGAAGCCGGAGGUCAUUUCUGAAGAGACAGCGGCAGCUCCUCCUAUCCGCCAGGACCCUGCUGACCGCACCCCACAGAUCCCUGUGGAGUGCCCAACCCCCGGAAAAGGGAUCCUGCUGAGCGCCAGGAAGAUGCUGGCUGUGUGGACCACUGGGGAUGGUCAUCACACAGGGACGGAGAUCCAGAAAUGGAGCAGCCUGGAUGCCACACCAUCAAGACUCAGGGAGGUCCCUGAGACCUGGGCCCUCCAUCUCCAACCAUGUUGACUUUAUCUUCAAGCACAUCCCCCAUCGCGGGCACAGUGUCGCUGCCAGUAGUCAUCAGAGCCAUUGCAGUUGCCUCCUUGUUCAUACAAAAGAAUGAAGAUGACAGAAAAGCUGGGCAGAGACCAUGGCCCUGUGAUCAUCCCCAGCACAGCGCCAUCUGCUGCUGCCUGACUCAGAGCAUCAAGGAAUGUGGUAGCAACAGCCACAAGCAGACACAAGUGGAUUGCUGGGUGACAAAACAUCUUCACUACGGCGAUGUGGUCACAUCGAAACAGCAGCUCUCGAGAAGACACCAGAUGGGAGAAACCAGAAGCACGGUCGUUGGCUGUGGUGAACACUGCGUGUGUGUUCCUGGCCUGCAGAACCUGCUGUAGGGUGUGAGGUACCAGGAAUUGAACUCAGGACCUUGCAGGUGCUUGUGCCGCUGAGCUACAUCCUCAGCCACACUCUGUUUUGUUGUGGAGGACUGAACCCAGAGCCUCAAACUAAGCACAGUUUUAAAUUUAACACGAGUGAAACAAUUCAAGUUCUAUUUCUACAACUUUCCUGUCACUGAGCUAUGGCCUGGAGACGCAUAUUAUAUCUGAAUUGACUUGGUAAAUUCUAACCUUGAAACCUAGACAGGGGUCAGUGAUGGAGCAGGAGUUCUUGGAAUUAGCUCUUCUGCAGAAUUGGGUUAAUUAAGGGAUAAGUAAUAAACCAUGCAUAUGUCAAGCCAUAUUUAUUAUAAAAACUCAGCAGGUAGGAUAGAAAAGCACACAGAUUACCCUUCAGCAGACAGCAGAAGAGCACAAGUCGCAGAGAUGGAGUAGGAGGGCUGGAUGUUGCUUGCCUGGCAAGUAGGUGAGGCCCUGGGUUCAAUCCCAAGCCCAAUUUAGAGAAGAAAAACAAGCAAGCAAGCAAACAGAAAACAGAAGAGACUAGAAAACAGGUUACCAGGGUUUAGGGGAGGGAGAACAGGGUUAUUAUUUAAUAGGUUCGGCAUUUUUGUCCGGGAUGAUAAAAGUUCCGUUCGACAGUAGUGGUGACAAUUAUACCACAUUGUGAAUGCAUGAGACACCACUGAAUUACAUGAUUAAAGUGGAUAAAAUAGGGGCUGGGCUAGCUCGGCGGUCAAUUGCAUAUUUAGCAUUCAGGGACAUACAAAGGAAGUUAAAAUAUAGCAAUAACAAAAUGCUUAAAAGUUGGGGCUGGGGAUUUAGCUCAGUGGCAUAAGCACCUGCCUUGCAAGCAGGCGGUUGUGAGUUCAGUCCCUGGUACCGAUAAAAAAAAUAAAUAAAAUAAAAUAAAUGCUUAAAAGUAACCUUUAUGUUAUACAAAACACUCUGAACCGGCUGGGGGUUUAGCUCAGUAGUAUAAGUGCCUGCUUGGCAAAUGCAAGGUUGUGAGUUCGAUCCCAGGUACCAAAAAAACCCAAAAAAGUCACUCUGAGCGGCCAUCAGUCAGGUCAGACAUAAAAAGUAAUGUGGGGAGAAGGGAGGAAUAUCUUUUCACUGACACACAGACAUGCCAGGGCAAAGUGAUAAAUAAAAGCAAACCGGAAGUGCGUUUUAUCACUGUUUUAAAUUCUCUGAAGGAAGUGGGAGAAGAGGGGAAGGAAAGAAACAAAGAAUUCAGGUAUGUUAUAUAACUGUACCGACUUCCCACAGUGAAUGUAACCCUUAUGGACUACAAGCAUGGACCAAUAAAAAAAUUUUUUAAAAAUUUUAA